AUGUAUAAGAACAGGCAGCAAGAGGGGGUCAGCUAUGAGGUGCGGAGGUACGAUGGUGCAAAGUAUGCCUCAGUGAGCUCAGAGGGGCGGACCUUUGACCAGGUGACGGGGGAGCUAGUGAGGAAGCUGCUCGUGUACAUUGGGGGAAGCAACGACCAAGGGGAGGCAAUGGGGACGACAGCACCGGUUAUCAUCACAGUAUAUCCCAGGGACGAUGGUGUGAUGUCACGCCGUUUGGUGGUUAGCCUCAGGAUUCCCACCAACUACCAAGUCAGUCCCCCUGUGCCCAUCGACAGUGCCAUCAGAAUCGAGGAUCGACCCGGCAUGACUGUCUACUCACUGCAGUUUGGAGGCUUCGCAGGGGAGACUGAGUACCGAGCAGAGGCCUCUCGCCUAACCAAAACUCUUGGUGAGACUGCCCCCUUUCAGCGGAAACAGUACUUCUGCUGCACCUACGACCCGCCCAUGAAACCCUACGGCCGACGCAACGAGGUGUGGUUCCUACAGGAGGAGCCAUAAGGGAAGCAUUAAGACCGACUCUUAAUAAUAAACUAUAGUCACUUCCUCUCCUUCAUCUUCACUGAUCACUCCACAUCUUGAUCUUUAUCUCCCAAAAAAUAGGAUAUGUGAAAAUAAUAUGGCAACUCAACAGGGGAUUUGUUUUCAAAUCAGUGCAAAUGAAGGAGAGGUGAUGCAAAGAAGAGUAUUAGACUAUUGAAAGGUCAUAAAGGGGAGGGAUGGGUAGCGGGCUACAUAGUUACUGGUCCAAAGUAGUGCAAUAGUACGGAACCAUUAUCAGUAACUGUAAAGUGGCCUAGGGGUAGGAGCCACUAACCACAAAGUACCGCUGUGUGUUAUAGGUGGUACAUCAUUAACUCAAGUUCUUAUUUUGUACACCCAGGGGUUGACACUCCCCUUAAAACAUGCUUCAUAGUGCUUGGAAGAAAAGCACAUUAAAUCAGGCUGUACACAUCACUAUUCAGCAGGGUAAUUAAAUGAUGCUUCACUUCAUACACCAUAAAAACAAAAUGACAGUUAAGUAUUCAAUAAGUAAAUUAAGUUUUAAAAAGCACAAUUCCUUUUCCCAAGGGAGGGAAUUUGGAAUAAACUAGGAAUUGAGCCAUAAAGUAGUGAUAGUCAAAUGUUUUCCUUAGUAUGAAUUAGUUGGUGGGGAGGGUAUGAAGGAGAAAUGUAUUAGUCAUUCCUUAAGUGUUAUCAUUUGAGAUGUCUAAUCCUUCUGUGAUGAUGACAUGAAAACCUUUCAAGACAGCAGUUGUGUGUAAUGAAUGUUUUGGUGUGCUUGUAUUUGGAGUCUUUGAAUUGUAAUGUUACUUAUGAUUCUUGAAACUGUAUUUUGAAAUACCUCUGUAUAGUGUGUGAUUUUCUGUGAAAAUAUGGAGUGACGAUAUCGUCAGGAUUUGAUAGCGUUUCGUAUCAUAAUAUGUUAUUC